AUGGGAAAGUCUGCGAGCCCGGCUAAGACCAAAAUGCCACCCUCUUCUGACACCACCGUCAAGACGCCACUAACUCACUUUGAUUAUGUGAAAGUGAAAAAGAAGCAGGAUGUUGGCGAUGCGAUGCAUUAUGUCAAUUUAAAGUCACGCCAGGAGACGUCGGUGGGAUUUGUGGCAAAGAUUUUCGCCAAUCGGAUCGUAUUUUCGGGCGAAAAGAACGGAAAGAAGCCGCCCAUUAAGAAAGUGAAGUUCACGAAUGUUGAACGAUUUGCGCCAGACAAGGACGAGUUAGCUAUUUCCAUCGCCGUGCGACAAGGCAAAGCAGCGGCUGUGGUGUCCUUCGCUAUGCAAGACGAAGAAGCAUUCACGGUUCUCGUGAACAACCUCUCCAAGACGCGUGAUUCAGCUGUGGAAGCUAAAUCCAAGAAGGCCCAGCCGAAAGAACAGCCACAAAGCAAGCCGAAGGUCGAAUCGACGUCGUCCGAGUUUGAUGUGGGGACUUCGGAGCAGUCAGCCACAAUUGUUCAGCCACACAGUAGUCCAACAUUUGGAAGACAUCCGGCUAGAAUAACGACAACGUACAUUCUGUGGGAGGAGGAGGAGGAGGAGGGGGGGAAGGAGAAGGGGGCAGUAGAUUUGAUGUCGACGGAUUUGCACAUGCCGACGGAUGACAAUGACAGUUCUACGGAGGUGGACAAAUUCGAUACCAGAGGGAAACCCGAUGAAGCGAGUCGCAGGACACCAUCGACCCAACACUGUCCCUGUUGCCUUCAGCGAACCGGAGUAAACUUGAAGAUGCCGAACACCAGACAGAAGGCCUACGCGCCGUCUUCUGACGGUGGUAAUCAAACUAGCGUGAUUCAGCCGACGCAAUUUCCACGAAGAUUCAAGCUCUACAGACCAACUCAUGCGCCAAGAGCACGAUCCUUAGCCAGCGACUUUUCUAGUGAAUCUGACGAAAGAACCAUCGUCUCCGUGGAGCCAUUUGAACGUCGCAGGGGGGAGCGCAGAAAUCGAUAUCAAUCCCUACCGCCCAGACGGAAGCCUCCACCGCGUCUGGAGAGGUCUGCUCCACCGAAACCAAGUCAUCCUCCUCCAAGACAAUUAGUACGCAGUUUUAGACCUCGAGAGCCUCUUGACUACCGCCGAGCGUGGACGGUCGAUUCGUCCACGUCUUCGGGCUACACGAGCGCCACGUUCCAGGAGGACGACCUUGAACUAACCGUGGACCCCUACACCUCCGGCCACUACAUCCACAAUCAGCGGAUAUUCGUUACGGGGAGAAGGCAUCGCGAGACAGCAAAUCCGAAGGUAUACUAUCGAAAACCACGUCCACGUUCGGAGCGAGAUGACAGGUUCCUCUAA